AUGAGAGCAUCUCCUUACACACAAUGCGAGAAUGCUUCGCCGCUCACUGAAUUCCUCCAUUUCUCACUGCAAGCCUCAUUUUCUCUCAAUAUGUAUCCGUUGUGCUGCUCAAACGAUGUAUCAAAGCCACUAAAUAACGAUGGUGCUUUAGUGAUUUCGCUUGAUGGCCGUUUAUAUUCUUUCGCUUACGGAUUUUUGUAG